AUGAUAAUUAAGGUACUUUUAUUUUACCUAAGAGGUAACAUAAAAAAGUAUUACUUUAUAGAUAUAAAAAAAAGUUUUCAAAGAGAUGUUAAGAAAUUUUACUUUAUUAAUUAUCCAGUAUCACCUAAAUCGAGACAAUAUCAAUAAAUUUUUUGUAAAAGUACAAUGAAGCCAUUACGAAAAUCAUUGCGAAUGCAAAAUUUCUAGUAAUGUUAAUAACAGACUUAAAAUUGUAAUAUGCCAGAAUUAUAGAAUAUCAGGAAAAACUUUACUUAACUAGACUAAUCUUGCUUUAAAACAAGCAAAAUUAGUAACCAUUUUUCAUAUUUCAAAGGAUACAUAGAAAAUUAUUGGUUAUUUUGUAUUCUAUUAGAUAGCUCAGCUAAUUCAAUAGAGAACUUUAUUGGGAAAUGGAAUAAAUUUUAAUAAUCGGAUUUUUACAAAUGUCUUUGGAUAAGUCAAACCAUAAUCGCAGCAAAUCCAAAUUAAAUUAGCCCUAGCCAUCAAUAUAAUAAGAAAAAAAUGUUACCUUUUUGUUAAAAGUAUUAUGAAUAUUUAUCAUUUAAGUGUUUUACAAUUUGGUUGUAUCAAUAGAAAAUAUCCCGAUCACAUCUUCAAAUAUUUAAAUGAUAUUCUAGAUGAAAUUUGCCUUGAGUAAUCUUUUAUGGUCCUUUUGAGAAUCUUGGAUUUUGAAAAACUCAUUAAAACAAGACUUUGCUAAAUGGCAAGUUAUUCAAAUUUCCUUAAACUAAUUUUUUUUAAGUAUGAUAUAUAUCUAUAUUAGAAUCUGA